AUGAGCUGCAGCGCCGCGCCCUCGAGCCCCGGGGGCCCUGGCGCUCCGGGCCCGGCCGCGAGCACGGAAGGCUGCGCCUACUGCUGCGUGCUCUAUGGCGACAGCGUGGACUACUUCCUGCUGCUCAUGGUGCUGGCGCGCCGCUUGCAGCUUUUCGGCGCCCGGGCUCCGCUGCUGGUGCUGCCCACAGCGGACGUGCCAGAGGAGUACCUCCAGGCGUUCCAGCGCGCAGGCUGUCGGGUACUGGACCGGGCCCCAGAGCUGCGAGGCCACCCCGAGCUGUUUCAGCAGCCGCAGGGGCGGCACCGCAGGGUGCUCACCAAGCUCCGCGUCCUGGGGCUGACGGGGCUGCGGAAGGUGCUUCUCAUAGACGCGCACGCCGAGUGGCUGCGGGAGCGCGACCUGCGGAUCGCAGAGCUCGAGCUCGAGGCGGCCCGGCAGCGUGCCCGCAUAGAGGUGCUGGAGGCGCCGCCGGACGAGGGGAGGCUGAGGGAGCUGCGGGACAUCGUGCAGGAGGCCCUGGUGGAGCAGCGGCAGAUCAUCGAGAGCCAGAGCAGCCUGCUGGAGGAGCUCAACAAGCACCUGGCAGCGGCCGAGCCCGGCGCCUGCAGGGCCGAGGAGGAGCCCUCCCGCGGAGCCCGCACGCGACGCGCGAGGCGGCCGCGCGGGCCCCGAGGCGCCCGCGCGGCGCAGGCCCGCCUGCGGCUGCCCGCCCGAGCAGCCGCCGCGGCCCGUGCCGCGCCGCGAGGGCGGCGCGAAGGCCGCGGCGGCCCCAGCGGAGCAGUGGGGGCCAGAGGAGACGAGGCCCGGGCGCGGCACCCUGCGCGCGUCGUCGAGCUCCCGCGGCUGCGGCCCACGUCGGCGUCGCGGGGCCUCAGGCCCGGGCUUCUGCCGGAAAAGGCCGCGGGCAGGGCGUACCCGUACGGCCUGGCCCGCGCGGGGGCGGACGGAGGCGCGUGGCCGCCGGAGCCGCCGCGGGCGGGCCUGGGCUGA